CAAAAACAAAAUGGAGAUUGUUCUCGACGAAGGGGUCCAAUUUAUUUUGACAUUACAGAAGUCUUGGGAUGGAUGGGAAAAAGAGAUGCUUUUCCUUUCAAAAGUUGGAGACCCUAGGAAUUCCUUCCUGAUCUAUUUUCCUCUUGCGUACCAUUUCAAUCACAAUUUAGGGGUUAGCGUUUUGUGGACAACAAUCAUCUCGGAGUGGCUGAAUCUUAUUUUGAAAUGGUAAGAUUAUGGACACAUUGGUUUUUUGCUCUGUUUAAUCUACAGGUUGUUAAAAAUUCCCAGUAAAUUCAUUAAAAUCUUCCGGCUAAACAUGACUGAAACAUUUUAGGUUUAACUACAUCAAUAAGCCAGUAGGCCUUUUGCAUUAGUUGAUCACGUGAUCAACUUUCGUUAAACACGAAAACAGUUCGCUUUUGAAAAAUCUUGUUAGCAUGAGCUGAAAGAGCAUAUGAAAUUUAGGUUACCUGCAAAUUUUCAGUUCGUGCUAACAAAAUUUGUCGAAAGCGAACUGUUUUCGUGUUUAUGGAAAGUUGAUCACAUGAUCAACUAACGCAAAAGGCCUAUUAUGAGUAACCUAGCUUUUUAGUGAAAGCUAGGCUUGUGGUUGCUUUGUUUUGAGAGAAACUUCAUGAAAUAUCUGUCAAAACAAGGUCACCUCCAGCUGUGGUUCCACCCAGGGCAAGAAUGCUCAGUACACAACUGUAAAAUAGCCUGUUACCUGAAUAGUUCAUGUGCCUUGUAUUAUAGGUUACUAAGAGGAGAUAGGCCAUAUUGGUGGGUGCAUGAGUCUGCUAAGUGGCAAAAUGUGACCAUUCAACAGUAUGAACUGACUUGUGAGACUGGACCAGGUACAGAAUUAACUAACAAGAACUGAAACUAACUUGCAUGCGAGUAUUUUUGGUUGAUUAGCCGUUGAUUAAGUUGCCUUUGUGCCUUAACAAAAAUGAAUUCAAAAGUACCCUGUGCUAGUUGUAAGAAUUCCAGUUGUAAUAUCUAGUCCUAGUUUUGUUUCCCUCUGGGCAUAUAAUAUCAAUAUGAUAAUAAUAUUACCAUUAAUUUCCUUUUUUUUUCAGGAUCUCCAUCAGGCCAUUCAAUGAUCACAUCUGCUGUUCUCUGUUUGUUAUUUUCCUGGCUAUUAAAUUCGCUAAGAGAAAACUUUUUAUGCAACAUGAGUAUUUUAGGCAGAUUGAUUGUUACGCUGUCAUUGUGGGCUGUCUUAAUGAUAAUUCUUGUAUUUGUCUCGGUGUCUAGAGUCUUCAUAGCUACUCACUUUCCUCAUCAAGUCAUAAUGGGAACAGUAAUUGGACUUAUUUUGGCAUUAGUAGUGCAGAAUUAUAGGACAGUUCUUAUAAACAUGUCUGUUUCAGUGAGAUAUUGUGCCCUUUGUUCGUUGCUACUAGUUACAACAACCUUGGCAUCUUAUCUCUUUCUCUCAUUUCUUGUCUACGACCCAUCCAUUUCAGUCACUAAAGCUCAGAAAUGGUGCAUAAAGCCAUCUUACAUCCACCUGGAUACAACUCCAUUUUAUGCCAUGGUUCGUGAUUCAGGAGCGACUUUAGGAUUAGGAAUUUCUGUAGGAAUUGUAUCGUCAGCUGUAAGGGGAGGGAAUUGGAGAAGGUUACAUGUAGGUGUUGGUCAAUUAUCACUUCUUUCAGCAAGCCUCAAAGUCGUGCUAUCAAUUUUGCUGUUACAGCUAUUAGAGGCCAUAUCUUUGCCAAAAUCAAGUCCUUCACUAUUUUAUGUGGCUGGCUAUGUUCGAUGUGCAUUCAUUCCCAUCAUUGUCAUUCUUAUUGUCCCAAUAAUUGCAGUGUGGCAGUAAAGUAAUGUAAUGAUAAUUUAUAUUUUUGAAAUAAUGGAAUGUCAGAUAAUAAAAUUUUAUGAAUUUGAAGAAUUGAGCGUUAUUAUUCUUUUUGUGGUUUUCAUUUCUUUCAGUAUUCACUCUUGUCCCAUAACCUAUUCCUUCUUUGCACAUUGGAUUCUUCCUAAGAGUCAAGCCAGCUACCUUCUUGGCCUGGGGGCUGGGAGAGGGGACUCCCACAUGAAUAGAAUAAGGAAUGAGAAAAUUAGAUUAGACACCGAUUUGGGUGGGGUUGAGGCUUCAUUUUAGCACUAACAGAGACAUAAAAAAAAACUCCAUAAUAGCAAGAUGUUGACAUUGAAUGCUGUCUUUGACAUGUCAAGGAAUAAGUGCGCUUGGUUUGUUUGACGUAGAUAUUAUACUCAAAACCUUAAGGGUACAGGAGCUGAUUACCCAUACCCCUCCUGAGGGUAAAAAUAUUGCCUUUCUGUCCCAUCUAAGCGAGACUAAAAAUUAAUGUGCAAUUUGCACUCUCUUCCCCUAAGCAGGACGACAAACACACUGCCAUCUCCUCCAGGCUUCUGGACCAAAAUAUUAUAUGAUAGCCUAAAACUAGUAUUUAACGAUCGCCCACCCAAAAAGGUCCGCAUUAUUGCGUGACAUUGUGUGCGUGACAUCGUGCUUGCGCGGGAGGCUUGGAUCGGAAUGCCGUAAUUUCGAUCCAGUGCCUCGAGACGCCUUGAAUGGUGUGUCGGUGCUCGUGAAAUACAUGCAAGCGAUGGAUGUAAGUAGCCCAAAAGCUUUCUUCAUAUCCAUAGAAACCCUGCUCGAGAAUUCACUGCUGUUUGUUUAUACUGACACAGGGCCACACGGGUGAUAAUGAGCGUAAAAAACUGUGGGAUGAAUUAAGUAGAGGCAUAGAACAUUCACGUUUGAUGGUUGUACAUUUGACGAAAGGCAACGAAGGUGAGCUUGGACACGUUUUAAAGCUUUCGUUCCUUGACUAUUAGUAAUUAACUCUGAUGAGUUUGGCAAAGAGAACUAAGAUCCAUCUAUUAUUCAGACCGUAGUCUCUUUUCCAUUCAUUCUCGAGGGUAGCGCUUUGUUUUUCAUAUGUGCGUGUCUUUGCGGUUUCAGAGAAUGAAGUUCUAUUUAUAGAACUUAUCUCUCAUUAGAAGGCAAAAGCUUUGCAUGGAAUUGAACAGGCCAGCUUGCGAUGAUCUGAUCUGAUUGUGAGCGAUAUAUAGUGUGCGUAAAUUAAGGUUUCGAUUUGAUAAUGACAAUGAGUCUUUGUUGUUUAGAGUCUGAAAAUCACUACACUUUUAAUCCACUUAGAUAAUAAUAUUUUGCAAUCCAAACAAUUAGCAUUUUUUACUAAAAUUUAUUGCGGAAGCUUUUAAAUCAUGCAUUUAUGAACAGAAAUGAAAAACCAUUUGUAAGUUAGAAAUAGCUAAUAUAUCAUUGCCUCGACUCAUUACAAACCUCAAUCAAAAUCAUUAAAGACUCAUUAAAUCAUUUUUUGUGGUGAAAAUUGUUGGAGUCUUAAUGUUUAAGUGUUUGCUGCCAUUAUGAAUUUUGUGGCAAGUGCAUAGCUUGAGUUUCAGCCAUCUCUGUGAGUCACAAACUCCCUUGGGAGUUUGGGACUCUUUGAGAGUAGAAAGUUGGUGCCAAAGGCCUUUGCCGCAUUCUCGUAAACAAAGGCACCAUCUCAAGACUUGAGUUGACAGAUUAUGGUGGUUUGUAGUUUAGUACCCAGGUGUUGACCUUGUUUCAUUGUGUUUGCUCGCCGGAGCAGAAUGUGUGAUCAACUAACAGUAAACCAUAAAAUGGCAAAAAGCAAUAACUUGUUGUGUUUCAUUGUCAGGCUUCGGUUUUAACAUUCGUGGUGGAGUGGAUCACCCUCAUGUUGGCUCAGACCCAGGUAUUUUCAUAACCACAGUCAAGGCUGACAGUGUAGCAGGCCGAGAUGGGAGACUGGAUCCUGGCGACAGGAUAUUGGCAGUAAGCAACCAUUUAUUUUAUAAUUUUAAAUCAGUUGUAGUUAUAGUUACCAUAAAUGAUCUAAUGGAUGCCCACCUUCAAAUAAAUGCCUCUUGUAUGUUUCAUCCCUCCUCUACAAUGUUAAGUUUAUAUUGGAUACCCCGAGCUCCGAUAAACAUCUCCUCAGGGUGCAAAGAAAGUCAGUUUUACAGCUUGCCAUUUGGGCAAGCUGUAGUUAGCAUGUACUAGCCUAUUAAAGAGGCAUUUUAACUGGCCCAAAAAAUUUUUUUGACGAGCAGGAUUGAUUACAAUAAUUUAAUAUUCCCCCAUAAAACUUUACUUGCCCAUUAGGCAAGUUAAGAACAAAAUCUACUAACCCAAUAGCAAAAUCCACUAGCCCUGGACUAUCAGACACUACUUUCUUUGCAUCCUGCCCCGUCUAAUAGACACCCCCUAUGACAAUUACUCCAAAAUACUAGGAGUUAGCAAAAAGGAGCAAAAUCAUUCAAUUUAUUCAGUUUUUUGACUGAUUAACAAGGGGUCACAUAUUAUAUCUUGUUCAACGUCAAGUUAAAAGUAAGGAUAGGCCAAUGAUGACAACAGAUUGACACUGAAUGAUGAUUCUGACAUUUUGAGAUUUGAAAGGGUGAUAUGGAUCUCUAGACAGCCUAGAGAUAGAUAGAUAGGUUGGAUAUUCCUCUAUUUGUAAGCUCUCUUGAUAUUUUGGCCGAAAGCAUAUAAGUUUUGUUGAGCUGCUAACAGUUAUGAGAAUAAAUGUCUCGCUCUAUUAAAUGCCUCCUAUCUAUUAAACGCCCCCUUUUGAACCCCUGAAAUUGAAAAAAAUGCCCCAGUGUCUAUUAGAUCAGCUAUUAUUCAGCCAUCUUGACCCAACAAGAGGGCAAUUCAACAAUGCUAAACAGAUUGACCAUCCACCACAAACAGUGAAUGUAAGUGGACAAAGCAGGCUGGGCUAAUGUGGCCUUUUAUAAAAAAAAUUUUUUGCUCUUUCACAGCUAAACGAUGUUAGACUAGAUUAUGUGACGCAUGAUGUGGCUGUCAAUGAAUUUCGCAAAGCAGAUGAAACUGUCUCCUUACUGGUGGAAAAGAAUGCUGAGGCUGUACUACUGGUCAGUAAACAAAUCAUGUAGUAGUUUCAAUGUUUUUUUGGCUUUUUUGUUUUGUUUGUGUUUGUGUUUGUUUUUUUCACUUCUAUAUGGAUAUAAUAUUUCUAAAAGAAUGUGUGCAUCAAACUUCAGUUUAACCCUUUAAGUCCCAAUAUCCACAUACAAAUUCUCCAAACUGGACUUCAUACAUUUCCUUAGAGAAUGAGUUAAGAGAAUUUGGUAAAAGAUCAAGGUAUUUUCUCUUUGGUGAUCAUUUUAUUAAUUUUCAUAACCUAAUCUCUUAACAAUGUAUGGAUAGUGUUAGGAGAAUAUUGAUGUUGGACACCAUUGGGACUUAAAGGGUUAAAAGGUAAUAUAAGGGCCUCUUUACAUGGAGGUGGGGUCUUCAGGCACGUGAGGUAACCUGCUCUAGUGGGGUACAGGUGUACAUAUGUAAAAAAGUAAUCUAAUCAAUUUUUCUACCAUACUAACUCGAAAUCCAUGGGAUAGUUAGUCUUUAAGGUAUUUCCAAUCAACGUAAACAAAUUUCUAAAUUGGACAAAUUGGUUCUUUACUCCACAGUCACCGCGAAGCUCAGGACAUGACUCACCAGAUGUAUCCUGGGAAGAUGGGCCCAUUAGGCUUAAUCCUGUGAAUGAAGAAUCAGCUAAAAAUGAACUCUUUGGUCUUUUGAGACGGUUUUAUGAAUCAGAACUAGGAGCUUUAUCAAUUGGGUUAGCUGUUGGUGGUCUAGCAGUGUUCGUUGCCCUUAGAAUAUAUAAAGCCAGUAAAUUGUGACAGUAAUGACUAGUCAAAGGCUGUGCUUUAGCAGAGCCCGGUGGCCCAUGGCACCUAACUUUUGUUCUCGGGCGACUAGCAAAUCUUUGCUUUUUCAUAGAAAUCAUAUGCUGGGCACACUGGAUUUCACAAGAUCAGAGCACUGGGCUCCCUUUAAUUUUUCUUAGAGCACAGCCUUGUAGACUGUCUGUACAAAUAUUAUGCAAGGCCAGAAAGACAGGGCAAAGUCGAGGUUGUUAUAAAAACCAUACAGUUGAACCCCUCCACAAUGGCCACCAAAAGUCAAUGUAUGGAUUAUUUGUUCACGGGGACAAAAGAAAUGGUCAUUGUAGGGAGGAGUUUACACCAACUUGUGAUAGAUAUAUUUAGGAGAGAGAAAACUUUUUAUUGACAUACAUUACCAUCUCAAGCAGUUCAAAUCAGGUUUGUGUAAGAUUGAGGCUAUAAGUGAAGAAGUGUGUGGAUUAAGUUAGUGAUUCCUCUUCCUACUAGGUUUAACUACUCCCUUUGAUUUUUAAGGUCAUAUACAGACCCUGUUAAUACGGACACUGAGGGGGCCAUAUAAAGUGUCCGUAUUAAGUGGGUUGAAUUAAUUUAGAGAGAAAAAUGAAAGAUUUAUAACACGACAUCUCGGGCCUCAUCACUCCCUUAUCAAGUGAGAUGUGAAUGAUAUUACAAUCGCACAAAUGCAAGAAAAUGGAUAAUCGAGUCAUUAACAGUCUGAAACGUCGUGUUAUAAAUCUUUCAUUUUUCUUCUUGGUUGCUUGUUUUAACAAAACUCUGCUUAUAAAAUUAUAAUAAUAAUAAUAAUAAUUAUUAUUAUUAUCUUUAUUAGAAUGGGGUAUGGUUUUCCAGGAACUGAUCAAUUGGUUGAAGAUUUUAGUCUAGACUAGAGGAACCAGGAAUUGACACUCGAGAAUAAAAAUUGAAACCCACAGAUUAAAUUUUGCCUGCAACAACUUUAAUAGCGAAGAAAGCAUUGACUUUAGUAGUUUCAGGAAACGAGUGACUCUUGGAUAGGGAUGGAGUUUAGAAGUUAGUUUAAGCUAGUAUAGGAUGACAAGGGUUCUAGGGUCCCAGCAGCACAUCCCCACCCAAAAAUUCCUUAUUAUCCAUCAGCUCAUAGGCAGUAACUAGAAGAAAACCCUUUCCUGGCCAUCAUCAUCAUCAGUCCCUUUCAUUUCUGAUGGAACAUAGGUCCUUCACUGAUGCUCACCAUCUGACUCUAUAUUGAGUAGUGAUGUUUACUGUGUACUUCACACCACAUAAGUCCUCUCUUCUCAAAUCCUAGCAUCCUUAUGCAUCUCCAAGUGUGUUGCCCCCCCCC